AUGUCAGGUGAAGCAUCGUCGUUGUCAUCUGGACUGGUUUUACAAGGAGUCGACGAUGUUGAAGACUACAUUUGGGCAAAUGAAGGAGAGGGUUCAUUGCCAUGGGACCGAUUCAGUCAUGUUUUUGAUCUUGUGCAAAAUGGAAACCAGGCAUUCCGGGAGAAUCAUUUUGAGGAGGCAAUCAAUUGUUAUUCAAGAGCCAAUAACAUCAAACCUGGUGAUCCUAUUAUUCUUGGCAACAGAAGUGCUGCUUAUAGCAGGAUUAGCCAUUUCCUGAAACAGAGACCUGCAUCCACUUCGGAAUACAGGCCAUUAAAUGGGCUGGAUCCUACUAUACAUGCUGAACUUGCAUUAAAGGAUGCCGACAAGGAAGGGAGCCUAGACAAGCUGGAAAAAUAUGAGUUGGCUCAGGACAUUAUUCUUGCUGGUCUUCAGGUUGAUCCUUUCAGCAAUCCUCUUCGUGUUUCUCUACGGAAUUUGGAGAGCAUGUUGCCCACUAUGAUGAGUAAAAGCCUUGGGAAACCAGAACGUAGUGAUGACUUUGAUUGCACACUCUGCCUGAAGUUACUAUUUGAACCUGUUACAACCCCCUGUGGGCAUUCCUUUUGCCGCUCAUGUCUUUUCCAGUCAAUGGAUCGUGGUCAGUGUUUUGCUGUUUAUCUUCAUGUUUCCAGCUAUGCCAGCGCAUCUAUUCACUUAAUUUGUUUUCUGAUGCUGUUUUAA